CAACGUCUUGUCCACCCGGUGCCCGCGGCCGGUCCCUGCGCGAUGUCCACUGCCGGGGCCCCGGUCACUCAGCAGGUCCUCGGGGUCGCCGAGCCGGCCGAGCCCCGCGGCCCGGAGCGCGGGCAGCCGCUGGCCCCCGCCGUGGCCGAUCUCCCGGUGCUGGAUGCCGCGGGGAGACGGCUGCCCUUCGGGGCGCUGUUCCGAGAGCGCCGGGCCGUAGUGGUGUUCGUGCGGCAUUUCCUGUGUUACAUCUGCAAGGAAUACGUGGAAGACCUAGCCAAAAUUCCCAAGAGUUUCCUGCAAGAAGCAAAUGUCGCUCUGAUAGUAAUUGGACAGUCAUCGUAUCAUCAUAUUGAGUCUUUCUGCAAACUGACUGGGUAUUCUUAUGAAAUCUAUGUUGAUCCUGAAAGAGAGAUUUACAAGAGAUUGGGGAUGAAAAGAGGUGAAGAAAUUGCUGCCUCAGGACACAGCCCCCAUAUCAAAUCAAAUAUACUCUCAGGAAGCAUUCAGAGCCUGUGGCGGGCAGUGACUGGCCCUCUUUUUGAUUUUCAAGGAGACCCAGCUCAACAAGGUGGAACCCUCAUUUUAGGUCCAGGGAAUAACAUCCAUUUCAUACACCGUGACAGGAAUAGGUUGGAUCACAAACCCAUCAACUCUGUCUUACAGCUUGUCGGUGUUCAGCAUGUGGACUUCACAAACAGACAUGUGGUUAUUCAUGUGUGACAGGACCAGCUAUCUGAGUCAGAGAUCUUGCUGUCACCCCAACGCCCUGGAGUGGAAUGGUCUGGGCAGUGUUUGCCUCAUGGGUUCUACCCCACCUUUGAAGAAUUUGAAAAGACUAUGUCAACGUUGAAUUGCAAACUGAGAGGUAGCCAUUGCCAAAAGUGAUAGAUAUUUAUGAUUUUAUGACUUUGUUUUUUUUUU